UCUGUCAUAGUUGAAGUGUACGUACCUAUGAUGAAAAUUACAGGCCUCUCAUCUUUUUAAGUGGGAGAACUUGCACAAUUGGUGGCUGACUAAAUACUUGUUUGCCCCACUGUAUAAAGAAAGCUACAAUCUGGGAUAAAAAAAAGACAAAUUACAGCAAUGCCACUUGUUUUGGUGAUGGUAUACAGCUGAGGGGAUAGGUGGUAUAAUAAUUUUUAAUGACCAUGGAACAGAUUCCCAGAAUGCACCUUUUAAAGCACAUAUCUAUUUGAGAAAGGGACCAUUAAUCCAUUGUAAGAGACCCAUAACCCUGUAAACACCAGUGUCUCUUUCUCAAAGUGUGGAUAUGUGUUAUCUGAUUAGAUGAGUAAACCCAAUUUAAUCUAAAGCUUUCCUGACAUGGAAUGAUGUAAUUGAUGAACAAUGAGAUAGAUGUGUGUGGAUGUGAGAUGUUUUAAAAGCGCACACCUGUCAAUUUAAAAGGGUUGAAAAGAUUCUGAAUGUGCAAUCCCAAAUGUUGCAUGUGCUAGGCAGAGGCGCAACUUUGGUUUUAGAUGUGGGGGGGCCCAUAAUUUGUUUUAUUUUAUCCAGUCGUAUAAACACUCCAAACAGCCUACCCGACCACUCGGAUGCGUCCGCAUGGUCCAAAGCACAUUGAAGUGGAUUUAACAAGUGACAUCAAUAAGGGGUCAUAGCUUUCACCUGGUCAGUCUAUGUCAUGGAAUGAGCAGGUGUUCCUAAUGUUUUGUACACUCAGUCUAUAUAAACAGCCUUGGGCGUUUCAGAGAGGCUUUUGUGUGAUAAUUAAAUUAGGCUCUAUUCAAUUUGUAUCGCUGAAGUGUUACAGAUUGCGCACUAACAUUUUUACGGUAAUUUCCUAUUGAGCUGACAUCUGCAGUGUUUACCGUGAAUACAGUCUCCACUAACGUGGGAACAAUGCCUUUUACAUUUGAACUUUUGCUAUACGGAUUGAAUAGAGCCCUAAGUUAUGUAGAGCUUUUUGAAAGCUGAAUUGUGUGGUGUUCCUUUAGAAGUCUAAAAGGCUGAGACACUUUACUGUGCUUACUAUGAUGGCAUUGUCUUUAUCAAUCAUGCUGCAUUGAUCUCUGAUUGAUUGGUUAGAAAUACAUCCUAUAUUUUAAUGUCACCCAUUCAUUUCACUGGCAUGGCAAGUACUGUACACAUUCACCAUCUCCUCUGCACCUGAUAUAGUUACCUAAUGGAAACUUGACAUGUUUUUUGUAUUUUAACUGUGAUGGUUUCGUUCUUUACUUGUAUAUUGUUUCACCUUUAUCACACCAUAGGUAUUUGAAUUUUGUUUAAGAUAUACUACUGUCACUGAAUUAUCAUUUGUAUAAAAGUAUUGAUCUACAUGUUUGAUGUUUAAACUCAUGUUCAAGCUGUAUAUUUAUCUGUUGAUACAUUUUAGAUUAAAACGAAGUUCUCUUCUUUUUUUAAAUCAAGAAAUGUUCUCCAACUUUGACGUUGUUAUAGCUGUACCUGUUUGCGGUGUAUGGCGCCCUCUUGUGGCAGACAGAUGGUACUUUUCUCACAGUAAAAAUUAGAAGGGGGAAAUGUCAUCUGAUACUGGUUGCCAUGAAACACUCACAUUAAGCACAGCGCUUCUCACUCAGUUGCAUCUAAAUAAUGAAUGUGAGAUGAAACAACUAGACUACAGCGCCAUGCUGCAACAGUUGCAGACAGAGCUGUCAUCCUCACAGUACCAGUGUCCAGGUAUGGCAUCUUUCCUAGACCAGGCUAGCCUGAUAAAGACAGCUGCUAUAGAGAAGGUGGUGGCCCCCAUCUCAGUACACCUGGUCCACCUGGUCCUGCUGUGUGAGAGGGCAGAGGGGCUGGAGGGACCAGAGCAGUUCACCCAGCUAGAGGGAGAAGCCCAGGCUGUGGCCAGAGCCACCAUGAACAUGGCCGCAGUUGCCUACAGACAUUCAGAAGCCUCAGAUGAUGAGGUAAUGAGGACAAAGAUGUCAUCCCUAGUGGAGCCGAUGACUGUGUCUGGACAGCAUGUCCUCCUGGCAGCCCAGAAACUCAGUAUCCAGCCCAGCCUAGCCGAGCACAGAGAGGAGCUCAUCACUGCAACACAGAAUGUUCUGCUAGGAGUGGUCAAAAUACUUUCAGUGGAAGAUGAUGCAACAGUGAGAAAGACCAUAGCGGCUGCAGACUGGGUGUUGGACUGCCUAUCCUCUCUAGCUUCCUCCCUGGACAUCCUAUCUCUACUGAAGGCCUUCCAUCGUUUCACUGAGGCACUGAUUCUCCUGAACAACCUGGUAGUGGAACGGGCUGAAGCCCUGCUGGAUCCUAGGCAGACGGAGCACUUGCACAACUCUUUGGACUCCUUGAGGAAAUGCAUCUCUAUGCUUCACACGGCUAUGGUCACCACUAUCAAACACCGAACCAGUGAGCAGGCCCAAGCUGCCAAAACGUACAUUCUGGACAGGGUGAAAAGCACGGUGAAAGACAUUGUAACUACACUCGAGAGUUAUUGCCGUAGAGGGGGUGUUGCCUUAGGUCCGUGUGGGUACUACAUUGACAGGCGUGAUGCUUUGAUAAGGCUACUGGCCAGUUCUUCCUCCUCUUCCUCGAUCAGUAACGUUGACAGCCUCUUAAGAGAUCUUGUGUUCCACUGCAUGGUGGUGGCCAACUCCUCACAAAGGGAGCUUCAGCACUGUGUGGUGGAUCAUUGCCGACAUGUCCUACAUCUCUGGUCAGAAAUGUCCAGGCUUGUAAAGCUUCCAGAGAAUCCUGAUGAUGAUAACCUGAACCAGCAUUUACAGAGUAUCUGUUUUUCACUGAUGCAGCAAAUCCAGAAUCUUGACAGUGCUAUGAUGACUGCAGUUCUCUAUCAAGUUCUGGACACGUUUGUUACAGGGUCAAGUCCACUCGAAGAUCUGGUGAAUAUGGUUGGACAAGUAUUGGAGAAUGAUUCAGUUGAAGAGUUGCUGGUAGAUCCAGUUUCUAUCCGUGUAUUGCUCAUGGAUCUUCUAACACAGGCUGAUAGGAUGAUCCAGGUUGCAAGUUUCAUCUCGGCUUUCGCCACGGAUUCUAAGAGUCUAGAAAAUGUGGAUAACUCAAGAGCAUGCCUCAUGCGUCUGAAGGCUGAGAUCGAACCUCUUGCACUGGAGUUGGAUAAAGACGGUUCAGACUUAGAGAACUGCUUUGAGGCCGUGCAGAAACUCCACGAUGUGUGUGAGAGAUGGGAAGAGGAGACCGGUCAGCUGCAGGAUGCUCUUUGUGACAUCAUCGAUGUUAGAGAAUUCACUAGCUUGGCUGUUCACGAGAUGGCUAACGACCAGUGUGGAUGCGACGCGGCGUAUAAAGCCCAGAACCACAAACUGUUCAGAAAGCAUGCUGAUGACCUUAUCUCCCACACAAAACAGGUGGUUCACUCUGUUAGAAGACACAUAGACAAGAGUGACAACCCCAUCUACCGCAAUGGACUCCUAGUUCUGUUGAAACAGGUCGAAGCGUCACAGGCCAAAGUGGUCGGAUCUGUCAGAGACAUGUGCUCUGGUUCCAGUCUUGAUGUGAAUGUAUACUCUGUCUUUUCAGAUCACACAUUUGUGGUGAUCCAGCACUUUAGAGUGUUAAGAGAAGGGCUGGAUGGACAGCAACAUCCACACCUCCUCAGUCCACUGCGAGAGGCUGCACGCCAGAGCAUAGUCUCAUCCUCAGUCCAAGCAAACAAUCAGGUUCAAGGAUCAGCUAUGGAUCAGGAAAUAAGAGACCUUGGCCUUCAGUUUCCUGUUCUAGAUGUUUCAGAAAGGGAUUCACCAGUUGAAUAUAAAGUUGAGUUAACAGAAAAAGAAAUUAGAGAGCCUAUGAUGGCAGACAAAGACUUCAAUGAUGAUUUAAAGGGGCCAGCUGUUUCAGGUGAAGCGAAUCCAAUCCCAAAGCCUCUUGAUUUCGACCUUUUGCCCCUCUUGUAUAAGGUUGUGACUGUGACUAAAGAAAAAGAUAUAACGGUCCUCAACAAAGCCUGUACAGGAGUUCUCAAGCUUUCAAAUUGUUACGCUCAGGCUGCGAAAGAAGCUUCAACUAUUGUUGAUGCUGUCGAUAGUCAGACAUUGGAUAUCUUCAGAUCAGAGUUAGUGGCCCUGACGCCUCAGUUAGUCCAGACAGCUCAGGAGACUGCGAUGAGCUUAGCUAUGAGCACGGACAGUCUCUACAAACACAGUACACUGUUCUCUGACCUGAUCAACAACAUCAGGAAAGUGCUCUUACCAGCUGCUGGAACCUGGUACCAUGCCGUUUAUUCAAUGUUUCAUGGUCGUCCACGAAACACGGCCGCCACUGCCAUUUCUCAGGAACUCAGCAAAGUCAUGAGUUUGUGUGCCGAUGUGGUGCAGCUGUUGACGUCGUCUGAUAUAACGCCACCAAGUGACUGUCAGGAGAGCUUUACAGUUUUGCACAGCAAGCUGAACAAAGCCCAUAACAACACAAGAGAGCUGACAGAACUUGCUAGCUCAUCAACAUCAGGUCAGGCAGAUCAACUUGAGGGGCCUUGUAUUCUGUGGGCACUGUCAGUCCAAGUUUUACUGAAUUCUUUGGAUAAGAUUUUAGGAACAAGGGAAACAUUGAUGAGACAGUUGACCCCUCAGAAAAGGUUGGCGGCCAUGUCCGAGAACUCACUGCGAAUCCAAGAGGCAGCGAGACUGACUAGCGUGAAUUGUAAAAGCGCCUACAAAGUGAAAACGUUGACACAACUUCAGGAGGAAUUAAAGACUCUCACUGAGGCAUACUUACAGGUAGCUGAGGACCUCUGCAUUGUAUCUCUCUCAGGCAUCCUCCAGUUUGCCAGGUCAGAAGUUCUACAAAGACAGCUCCUGAUUAAAAUGAGGGUGCUAUCCGGCCACUUGAACAAAGCAAAUAAGGACUAUGUCACCGCAAUUCAAAAUAUCGUAAACGUUGCUUAUAAGGCUUCCAAGCACCACAAAGAUAACAAGACAUCCAAGGAGGCCCAAGAAACAUUUGAGACUGCUGCAGAGUUGCUUUUCGAGAACGCCAAAGCUGCUACCAAGAGGGUUGAAGACUGUUUCAACUACAUUCGCAACCCUCGUGCUCGGAUUAACCUGAGGUCCAUCAACGAUCAUCUGUCCUUCCAGAUCUCGGAUAUAGUGAGCCGAGCCAGACUGGUAGUGGAGACCCACUGUAUCUACGACUCUCUCAGUCUGGAGAUCCAGAUACAGUGCUGGUCGGCCAAGGCUCACUUUUUAGCCGAGGAAAUCUAUAAGGUGGAUGGGAUAAGCCAGGAGGCUAAGGAACACGUCAAGGUUGGUCUGCAGGGUGGAACACCAGGAGAUUCCAAAGAAGGGAUGACUGAGAGCAAUCUUUCUCCUACUCUGAAGAAGCUUGAUUACCAACCAGACAUGGCACCCUGGCAGACAACCAAUCCAGAGAAUAUAAAUACCACAGAACAGAAUUCCAGUAUCUGUGGUGCAAUGCUCAAAUAUGAACCUGUGAUGGCAACAAAACAGUAUGAUGCCCCAAGGUCUGCAUUCUUCAGAGACACCCUAUCCCUGACUUACCUCACCCCUUCCUUCACCUACACCACAAUCACCCCAUCUCUUACCUACACCGCCUUGUUCCUCAAACAAGAGACAGACAGGUGGGACGCUCGGGGCAACCGUAUCGUUCAGGUAACCAGGGAGAUUGCAGACCAGAUCUACCACAUGGCCCAGUACCUGAGGAGGAAAGGGCCUAUACUGAGCAAAGAGAUGUUUGUCAACACAGCAAAAGGCGUGGUCUCAAAUUGCCAAUACAUCACCCACUUUGUGAGGGUCAUAUCAAACCACUGUCUGGACAAACAGUGCACUGCUGAACUGUCUCUCAGAGUGGAACAGAUUCUCACCAUCACCAACCAACUCACUAUAAUCUCCAGUGUUAAUGCAUUGACCCCUGGAAGCAAGUCUUCAGAUGAGAUCCUUGUGAAGAAUGCCCAGAACCUGCUUCAGAUAGUUCUGCAUGGGGUCAGAGCAGCAGAGACAGCCUGCAUCAAGGGUUUGAAACAGCCGGAGCCCAACUCAGAUGGGGUGGAGGCAGCAGCGCUCUGUUUCCAGUGGAAGAGGAACCUACAAAUGCAUCGAGCCCAGCAGAACUGUAAUUCAGACACGGAUGAUCUUGGCCUGAGGAGAACCUCCCAGCACAGAGAAUCCCCCAGCCUGGCCCCUCCUAUUCACAUACAGAAACAGGGAUUCAAGUGAACGUGUCAAACCCCAUGGACUGGACACCAGGAACUACUUGUUGCUACCAUGUAAACUUAUGGAUCAUGUCCACAGGACACAAAACUUUGGGGAAAUGUAAUGAAAUAACUUCCAGUGUCCAGCACUUUGUUCCUAUGACAAAAGUUUUGUGACCACAUUUCUUAAAUACUAGAUAUGUUAGCAAGCACAUGAUGUGCAAUGCAUUAUACUUCAUAGAAAUGUUUGGCUGUAAAGGCUAUUUUGAAAAUAGCAAAAAGUUUAAUAUCAAGGAAUGUGUAUUUGAAAUAUUUUGGGGAUCAGAGCAAUCUUGAGGGAAUCCUAUUUGUGUCAGAAAAGGAUGUUCAUAUGAUAGGUAAGAUAUACAAAACUUGCAGAGAUCCUAUCCAACUGACAAUCUCUGACAAAAAAAGAUAAACUAUUGGAACCAAGACUUAAAAAUAACUGAUAUUGGUACAAGAUUGAGGGAAUGUUGGAACAUAACUAACGAAAUUACAGUUAACAAAAAUGUACGCUUAAUCCAGUAUAAACUAAUGUUUUUAAUUCAUUACACGAGACAAAAUUCACAAAUUCUACAGCACAAUGGCAGAGUCAUGUCUUAAGUGUAAAACGAACAAUGACUCAAUAAUCCAUGCCUUCUGGGAAUGCUAUAAAGUCCCAAAGUUAUUGGCAGAGUUAGAAAGAUGUCUGUCAGAAGCAUUAGAAUGUAAAUGUACUUUUAAUCUGUCUGCAUAUGAGGGGGCAGUGAGAUACCCGAUGGGUUGGACCAUAUUUUUCUUGUCAAUUAUCUUGAAAAGAUGUAUAGUUACAAGCUGGAAAUCAACCAAUCCUCCAUCGUU